AGACAGAGAUGGAAGCCGGAGGAAAAAAAUGUCAGAGACUCCAGGGAGGUUCAGAGCACUCAGGGGACAGACUGAGACUGGGAAGGUAUCGGAAUAAACCACUCAGGACUCCAUUUUCUUCACGGUGGAGAAAGCCCAUUCUUUAGUCACAUAACUUACUUUUAUACAUUUUAUACAAUUUUACACAUUUAAUAAAAUUUUUAUACCAUUUUACAGCCCUUGUGUGUGAGUCCAAUUGGUCAGCAGCUUUCUUGCCAGUUAUUGGUCAGCAAGGAGUUGCUAUUCUGUAUUGAUGGGUCACUCAAACUCUCUGUGUGUACAUGCAGGAAAAGUUGUUUAUGAGAGCUAAUUUUCAUUUUUCUAACGGUGCAAAAACAGUUUAUACAGGUGUAAGUUGUUUUUUCACCCAGGAACAGGUUGCUAUGAUAACAAACUGCUGACAUCAGGAUUGCUUUCACAUGGGAACCUGCAAGGUGUUAGCUUCCUUUAGGAGAAAUGACAGAAUAACAGAGCAGGCCUGAUCUUGAGAGGCCCUUUUCUUAUCAUUUUUCCACUUAUAAUUUCCUUUUUUUUCUCAGAAUUUUUCCCAGGAAGCAAAGGAAGGAGCUGGGGAGGAACUGGGCCAAGGCCCCAUGUGGGAGUGCAGUUGCUCCAUGGCUGCUGCUGCUGCCACCCCACAGGUUCUGCAGAAACCAAAUCCACAGGAAGAGAAAACUCAGGGAUUUUGGAAAAACAUCCUUGAAAUGUUUUAUUUUGCUGACAGGAGAGUAGGGGGUAUAGCUCAGUGGUAGAGCAUUUGACUGCAGAUCAAGAGGUCCCUGGUUCAACUCCAGGUGCCCCCUCUUUUUGCUUUUUUUCUCCUUUUCCUUUUGCCCAAAUCUUUCAGGAGAAGCUUGGGAAGGUCCUGUGGGAUGUGGGAGGUUGUGCUGGGCAGGGAAUGUGCGGUGGGAGCAGCAAGGGCCUGGAAAAGUGCAGGGUAGGAACCACUCACUGGCUGCAUGCCUUUCUCUGUUUUUAAUUUUCUGGAGCAACCAUUUACCAGAAUUUCUCAUAAUUCCCAUCACUUUCCAUAAUUCCCAUCACAUCAUUUCUCAUAAUUUAUCACAUUUAACCCCCUGCACAGCCUUGAGCAGGCACAGGGAAGGGAUCCAACCCACAGAGAGAAAAACCUGAAUUUCUAAAAAUGAUGUGCCAGGGGGAGAGCAUUUGAGUGCAGAUCAAAAGGCAUCUGGUUCAGCUCCAGGUGCUCUCUUUCUCCCUUUUUUCCAUGAAAAAAAAAAUGAGGAAGAUUCCUCCUUUUUUAUACCCCCAGUGUCUGUGCCUGCACUCACACAAAUCACAAGAAAUACUUGAAUGGAUUUGUUUACUUGUUUACAUACUGAUAUCUCUUCCUAAAUAAAAAUAAAUGCAGAACUGACCUUUGAAAGCUUUGAAAAUCUUAUAAAGUAGGUAAUUUUUGUAAAGUUAAGACUAGUAUUUGAUCCUAUUGAUUACUUAGCAAAGUAUUACUUUCCCUGCAAGCUGCAUGAUGACUAACAUAAGCACUUAACAGUUUAAUUCCUUAAUGAGAAUGCAUUUUCUGGCAAAAAUAGGGAAUUAUGUCUUAUGUCUAAAGCUCUUGUGUGGUGUUCAUUUUCCGUAUUGUGUAUCAAUGAAGGGUUGACAACUCCAGGAUUAAAAACUGAGCAUUCCACUAGAAAAAAAAAAAUCCUACAGGAAUCCAACUUCCGGGGCAGCGACAAAGCCCAGACACAUUUGUUUCUGUGCAGAUUUGGUUGGGACAUUUUCUCACAGUGGGAACAAAACCUGAGCUGGGUUUAAGGGCUUUUAUCAUUCUUUUUUUUGAUAUGAGUAAAGACAGGGGGUAUAGCUCAGUGGCAGAGCAUUUGACUGCAGAUCAAGAGGUCCCUGGUUCAACUCCAGGUGCCCCCUCUUUUCUCUUUUUGCUGCUUUUACACCCUUCUUUCCUGCACAAAUUCCUCACAUACAGACCACGGAGAGCCGUUCUUACCCCCCCGAGGUCUUGGAAAUCAUUUGGUGAUGUUUUGCCAAGCCUGACUUCCCACUUUGCCACUCUGCUUUCCUGAGUUCUGCAGGAAACACACAAACUCAACAGCUGCAGCUCGAGUUUUUCCUGUUGGAGUAAUUGCCCUGUAUUGACACAGUGCAUUAUGAGUACAACACAUUUCUAGAAGUCACUUUGGAGUAAUUACCCUUAAUUUACACAGUGAAUGACUGUAAGUAACGCGUUCCUAGCAAUCACAUGUUUCCUCCAGGCUCUGAACCUCCUCUGGGUCCGGCUGGGUGGCUGCAAUGCCACAGCUCAUCGUCUGGGCAGCCCCGGGGCUCGAACCCGUGAUCCUCGGCCCCGCAGGGGGCGGCGCUGCCCCGGAGCCACGCCCCGGGCGCGGGGAUUGGGGGGGCACGGGGGGGCGCGGCGGGAGGGUGCCGCAGGGGCAGCGCGCCGGGCUGGGAACCGCAACGACACGGGUUCGAACCCGCCCUGGCUCCACAGGCGAGACGCCGGCUCUGCCCCGGGAGAUCACAAGCUCCAAACUGUGAGAUCGCGGCUGUUAUCCCAGGAAAUCAGUGCUUUUAUCCUCGGAGAUCACGGCCGUUAUCCCGGGAGAUUACUGGUGGUAUCCCGGGGCAUCACUGGCUCUAUCCCGAGAGGUUCGCCAACACUGUUCCGGAAAAUCGCCAACUCUGAUGCGCCCGGGCACAGGAAAUCCUUCUGACCGAGCCCAGGCACAGGCCGGGCUCUGCCCCGGAGCAGGCUGUGCGUCACUGCACUCGGGGCUGAGCGCUUCGGCACCCAAGGUCCGAGCCAGAGGCGCUGCCCGCCCCCUCCGCGCGUCGUUGUGACGGGCACAGCCGGACAGACUCGUCCCGUGGCUUUGGGUGCUUCUGGAAUUACUCACUUCAUCAUUUCCAGGCGUUUCUUUGGCAUUGCUGCAACCAGCCUCAUUUGAAACAGGCUCAGAUCUUGUCUGAAUUCUCUGGCCGGGCUGGCCGGGGCUUGGAGCAACCAGGGAUAGCAGAAGGUGUCCCUAACCAUGGCAGAGGUGGGAAUGGAGAGCUUUGGGGUCGCUUCCCACGCAAACCAUUCUAGAUUCCAUGAACAGGAAUGAAAACAUUCCCCAGGCCCGGUACCGAGGGGCCUCCCCCCAGGUUCUUUCUCUUCCUCCUCGUCCCGCACUGCCCCUACUGCGCACCGCCAUCUUCCCCGCCGCCUUAGCGGCGCGCCGGAAGAGACGCACUAAGGACGAAGAUGCGCGGAACACCGAGCGGUGGCACUCGCUGGUGACGUAUUUCCUGUCCCGAUAGCGGCGGGGGACGCCCUCGCCCGGCGGCCGCGAUGGGGGGGGGAGACCUGAACCUGAAGAAGAGCUGGCACCCGCAGACGCUGCGCAAUGUGGAGAAGGUGUGGAAGGCGGAGCAGAAGCAUGAGGCCGAGAGGAAGAAGAUCGAGGAGCUGCAGCGGGAGCUGCAGGAGGAGCGGGCGCGGGAGGAGAUGCAGCGCUACGCUGAGGACAUGGGCACCGUGCGGAAGCGUGAGGAGAAGCUGGAGUGGAUGUACCAGGGCCCCGGCGGGAUGGUGAACAGGGACGAGUACCUGCUGGGGCGCCCCGUGGACAAGUUCAUCCUGGACAAGGUUGGGGACAGGGACAGCGCUGGGGACACGGGGCUGCUGCCCGGCUCCAUCUUUGCCAGGGCUGGGGCCAGCUCCGUGCUGGACAUGGCCACCAAGAUCCGUGAGGACCCGCUCUUCAUGAUCAGGAAGAGGGAGGAGGAAAAGAAAAGAGAAGUUUUGAACAAUCCAGUGAAGAUGAAGAAAAUCAAAGCCUUGCUGCAGAACAGUUUGGAUAAAAAGGAGAGGAAGAGAAAGAAGGAGAAGAAGAAGAAGCACAAGAAGCACCGGCGGCGCAGCUCCAGCAGCUCCAGCUCCAGCUCUGAGGAGGAGAGGCCCAGAAAUAAGUCUCAGAAGAGGGUGGAUAAUUCCUCCUGGAAGGCUGCUCCUUCCAAAAUCCCAGGAUAUGGCUUACAGGUGAGGGACGCCGAGGCAAGGCCGCGCUCCCGGGGCUCCCCGGGCCAGGACAGAGCCCCCCGGGAGUGCUCCCGGAGCCCGUCCCGCUCUCCCCAGAGGCAUUCCAGCAGGAGGAACCCCCAGAGGAGCUCAGCAUCUCCCUCCAGGCACAGCAAACAGCACAGCAGCCGGGAGGAGAAGGACAGAGCCAGGAGCCCUUCCCCCAAAAAGAGCUUCAGGCGCCAGCACCCCCCGGGCUACACCAGGAAGAUCUCUCCUGAGGAGCUGGAGCGAAAACGUCAGGAAAUGAUGGAAAAUGCCAAGUGGAGGGAGGAGGAGAGAGCCAACAACCUCAGGAAGCACCGCAAGGAGGAGGAGCUGGAGAGGGAGCUGGAGAAACUCGACUCCAGGGAUGGGAAAUUCUUCCACCGUUUGAAGCUGGAGAGUGCCUCCACCUCCAGCCUGGAGGAUCGGGUCAAGCGCAACAUCCACUCCCUGCAGAGGACUCCUGCUGCCCUGGAAAAGAACUUUAUGCAGAGGUGAAGCCUGUCCUGCCCUGCCCUGGGCAGGAGCUCAGUGGAUGUUUGUUCCCAGAGGUGAGAGCCCUCCAGGAACAAUUCCAGCUCCCAGAGAGGAUCCCGGAGCUGAGCCCUCAGAGCCCUCUGCGUUUGGGGCCCUUGUGUUCCAUUUCUAACCUGUUGCCAGAGCUUCUCCUCCUCUCCCCGCCUGACUGGUGUCACUUUUGUACGUUAUUACCUGACUCUGCUGGCUGGUCACUGCUUCCUCCUGUGCCAGAGCUGAAGAUCUAUUUUUGUUAAUCCUUAAAAUCCAGAGCAGAACCGAUCCACACGUGAGGUGAUCGCAUGGAAUUUGACAGAACUGUAUGAACCCUGUUCCACACUGUCACCCUUUGCACCCGCACCCCACAGUGGGGUGUCUGUGGCUGGCAUUUGGUGGCUCACAGAUUUAUUUCAUUGAUCUCUGACCCAAAAAAGCAGUUUCGGGGGAGGGGGGGGGGGGGGAGGGGGAAUGAGUAGAGCAUAGCUGACACAGCAAACAUUUCUCUGGGAUUUUGUAAUGUAAGUAAUGUGUAUAUGUACAGCAGUGUAGAUUUAUUUUACCUUUUUAAUUAAGAAA